AUGAAAUACGACUUUUCCAUAGCGAGUUUACUAAAGCUGUCACCUACAGCCCGAGAGGCACCAGAGCUAACCAACUCAAUCGCCAAGGACGAAGCCGCAUAUACUUGUGCAAGGAGAACCUCCAACUCCUUCGACAUGGUUUCCAUACUCUCAUCAUCAUCAUCUGCUCCGGCAGGGAGUUCUUCCAGCACAUUGUCCACCAUUCUUGUAGAUACUUUCAAUACCUCGUCAAUAUCUCAACUGAAGCGUGGAGAUGGUGGACAAAUUUAUGCCAUUGGUUUGUCCAUGCUUUCCUCCUCCAAACCUGCGAUCUCACCACCCUCCUCUUCGACCAGUUCAGUUGCUGCGUGUCCACAGUUUCAUACUUCGCCAGUCAAUGCUUGUGAAAUUGCCUUGCAAACCUAUGCUUGCCUUUCCUGGUGGCACAGUUUCUAUUCAGCAACUCUGCCUAACCUGCCCAACACAAGUGUUGCCAAUCCAACUGAUGUUAUUGUCAAUUUUCCUACUGGCAGAAUCGCAGUAAACACUGCCAGUGGUGGGACAAAUGACAACGCAGUGAAUCACAACGGCAUUGGCUCUUCUGCACGGAUUGGUGAGGUGGAUAAUGACAAAGAAGUGGAGGAGGGAGAGCGAGCUGUGUGGAGGUGUCGGAAGUGUGGCAAGACACACAACAGCUCAGCUUGCCUGCGAAUGCAUAAGCGGAGUCACUUGCGUCCAUGGAAAUGUGGCUACUGUGAGAAGGCGUUUUCACGCAACUGGCUGCUUGAGGGUCACGAGCGGACACACACAGGUGAAAAGCCCUUCGUCUGUCCCACCUGCCAACGUGCCUUCGCAGAUCGCUCGAACAUGCGAGCACACACGCAGACACACCUGACGGUGAAGCGCUGUCGCUGUCCCCACUGUCCCCGAUCAUUCACCCGCCGUAGUCUGCUCAUUCGACACCUGGAAAAGUGCGCCUUUGCCACUACUGCCCCAACCACCGUUAUGAAUGACGCCCCCACCACUUUUACCAAAUACCCAACACAUGACCUCGACACCAUCAAUCCAACCAAUUGA